UUUAUACUGAGGUUACCAAGAGUAUGGCAGAUAUGUAUUCUGCACACGUGACCACUGGCAACCCUUCAAAAACACAUUCACCGUCAAACCUCCGCCCCCUCUUCUUCCUCAUCAUGACCGAUCCAAACUUACGGAUGCUCGCUUCGGCGGCGAUACAGAAAAGGAUCUCGCCUCUGGCGUUCCUUCAGUUGUUCCACCAGCUUAACGCGAAACAUCCGGUGAGCGCGGCUGAUUAUGCUGACUUCUUACGCGCCACGGACGGUGAUGAGGGCCUCCGCGCACGCUACGUGCUCGCGCUCGCACUCCACAGCUACGGCACCUGUGGCAACUUGCUUGACAUGCUUCGCAGCCUUGCGCGUUCCCCGCCCGUGACUCAGACGCUCGUUCUCACGGGUCUCCUGAGACGCUUUGCGGACGCGGGCCUCGGGACCGUCUACGCGGCGGGCGACGUGAUGGCAGCUCUUGCGGGAUACCUUGAGACGGCGGACGAGGCCGUCCUCGGUGUGUGCGCAAACUUUUUGCUUGCAUUGCACGCAAUGCUUGACGAGCGUGCGGGCCCGUUCCCUGACGCGACCGCGCGCCUCUGUGACGCUGUCGCGCGCGUCAGCAGUGCACUCCGAACGCGCGACCCCCAUACCGCACGCAUCCUCACUGCAAAAUAUGCCGCUCUUCAACAAAGUGCUCAAAGCUCAUACUCCACCCAAGGCUCGCUCAAGAGCGCUGUGCCCAAGGCGCCCACGUCUAGCUCCGCAAACUCCGCGGCGAAAGCGCGGCGCCUCCUCUGGCUCAGCCCGAUGGUCCACCAGUGGCAAACUGCCGCCAAAAACUUCCUUGUUGCGUUUGAAAAUGCGCUCAAGAUCCAGUCACCAUUCUUGCUCGUGACCGAGCUCGUUGCGGCCGCAUUCGACGGCUAUGCCAUCACACGCCUUAGUAACCGUACAACUCUCGCAACGCUUGCGGAGCAAAACUGGCGCCUCUUUGUGACCAAGAAGUUACCGUUGCUCAUCCGUGAGCUCGGAAUCCAUGGCGCAGAAACCACUAUCGUUGGAACGCUUGCCGCAUUGGACCCAAAGGUUGUGAAGGUCUUGAAAAAGGCCGCAGACGCCAAUGAUGACUUCAUGAACCUUAACACUGACGACAGUCUUCUUGAUGACGAUGAAUUCAACAGCUUCCCGUCCACCAGCCGCGACAUUCGUCACGACUUUGUUGUCGCGUGCGCGCAGCUUGGACUUAUGCUGCGCGACGUGUUCAGACGCCUUGCCCAGGAGAAACAUCUUGACGUGGCGCUAGACGAUGAUAACUGGAGCGCCUCGCCGCCAAUGGACCUAGCGGCAGAGUUUGCGCGCACGUUGAACGUCAACGCGGAGCUCGUCUCCUUCGAGGAUUCCAUGCUCACCGAGUUCCUCCAGGGCAUCCCACGUGCGCCACUAGGCACCCAGAAUGAAUUCGUGGAGGUACUUCUCACGACGAUUGGGCAGUUGGUGAAAGAUUCUAGCCUUGUGGCACUCCACCGUUUAUGUUUGGGUCUUGCAACUGUGCCUGAAGUGUUGGACAUUGUCGUAGCUUUGCAGUCGCCACGCGCGCUUCUUGUACCGCUUGUAAGGGUGGUAGAUUCAUGGAAUGCUGAUGCAGAGGAUAUGAACUUUCAGGAUACGUACACAGACUUUGGAUGUGUAUUAUUGUUGGUGAUUUUUGUGUGUAAGAGGUAUCAGACGAGCCCAAGUGAUGACAGCAGCGAAGGCGGGGGGGUUAGCCUGGUUAUAGGCCUCGACGAUGGGUCUAGCCUCACUGAUGUUUCUGACGGUAGCCAUACCGCUGGUUUCACCCGUGAUUACCUUGCCAAUUUGGGAGCCGCGCGCUAUGCGUCUCUCUGCGAUGUUCCUGUACCACUCAGUGAUAUCUCCUCUGAUGACAAGCUCAAUGAACUCUUGGGCGGCUGGAUAGCCGCAUUAUUCGAGUCUGGUGCCAUCUCAGAUGACUUAAUGGGCCAGACCACUGCCAAAGAGUGCUACGAGCUCAUCCCUCUCCUCUUCCAACAGGCAGUGUCGGCGUGCGAGCGUCAGAUCAUUGACCUUGAGGUGUUAAAGAGCGGCUUGGAGUACUUUUUACAGCCGUUCUUGCUUGUAACGAUCAUUGGUAUCUUCCGGCUGCUCAGGCACGCGUUCUGGGCGCUUGCGUCGCCCGGGGCCAACGACGACGCGCGUGCACAGCUCCUCUUGAGCAUUGUCGGGAUUCUCUCCAGUGAGGACGAACUUGCAGGCGAGAGCAAGCUCGUGCACAAAGUAGUCCUUCAGAUUGUUGGGACAGACCUUGCGGCGGCGCUCACGGAGUUCAAAACAGCCCAGCCGCUGCUUAUUGCCGAGUGCAGCCCCCUUAUCGAGCGGCUUAGUCUUGACGGCAAUCCUCACCAGACUCGUUCGUACUUGAUGGAGUAUCUCGGUCAGUCAACUUCCGUUAAUACGCCCAUCUACAUGUUAGGAACGCAGUUCCACCAGCUUCUUGGCUGGUGUCUGACGAACCACUCGCUCCCGGCAUUUGACCCGAGCUUGGUGCCGUUGCUCGCGGACACUGUUGGCUAUGAGAAGGUGCUUUUGUACUUUUUGAAGCAGAUGGACCACGUGUGUGCAUCUGAAAAUCUGCUGGUGGGUAAUAAGAACUUGAUGCUCGUGGUGAAUCUUGCUGUGUCGUAUGUUCUUUCAUAUAGCGGAAUUUGCAUCAAUAAGGUCACAAGGGAAUCGUGGCUCCAGUUCUUGAAGCAUGGCGACGGCUCUGGUGAUGCACUUUUCACUGCGUUCGCUAGCCUCAAGUCCCGUUUAGAUGCCACAGACUCCGAGAUUGUGGCGUUGUUUAUUGAGAAGUUGACCGAUGCCGUGGAGCACGCCAUUCCUGUUAAUUAGAAUCCUGUAUAUCAAUGUUAUGUAUACUAUGU